AUGGGCUGUACGAGCUCGAAGCAUGAAUUAUCACCUGAGGACUUGUGCUUUUUGAAAACUCAUACAACGUAUUCGGAAAAGAAGAUCAAAAGUUGGUACAAAGGUUUUAUGAGAGAUUGUCCAACUGGUGAACUGACACGCGAGUCCUUCAUUCAAAUCUACAAGCAAUUCUUUCCAAAAGGACGUGCGGAAAAUUUCUGUGAGCAUGUCUUUCGCGCAUUCGAUUCGGAUAAUAGCGGUAAAAUUGACUUCAAAGAAUUUUUACAAGCAAUCAACAUAACGUCCCAAGGAACUCCCGAUAGGAAAUUAGAAAUGGCUUUCCGUAUGUACGAUUGUAAUGGCGAUGGAUCAAUUGAUGAAACUGAAAUGCGAAGGAUCAUUAGUGCUAUUUAUGAAUUGAUUGGUGAAGAUACGGAACAACCAGAACGACAAAUUGAAGCCGAUGAACGUGCUAUGAAUAUAUUUCGUAUGAUGGAUAAGAAUUCCGAUGGAGUCUUGAGUCGCGAAGAAUUUGUCGAUGGUUGUUUAAACGAUGAACAAUUGUAUCAAUUAUUAACCCAAUCAAGUCGGUUUGGGGAUAAUACUCGUGGUUCACAAUCAUCACUUGAUGAUUAA